CGGGGAGGCGGUGCCGGGGGCGGUUCGGCCGUGAUGGGCGCGCUGAGGGCUCGGACAGUUCUGCUGAGCGGCUCCAACCGCGGUAUCGGCCUGGGGCUGGUCAAGCAGCUGCUGGCGGCCCCCAAACCCCCCCUCUGGAUCUUCGCCUCUUGUCGGGACCCCGAGGGACCCCGGGCGCAGGAGCUGAGAGAUCUGGCAUCCAAACACCCAAAUCUGGUUCUUCUGAAGCUGGAUGUUGCAAACCCCGUGUCUGUUACUGAGGCAGCGAGGAUCGUGGAGAGGAAGAUGAAUGGCUCAGGUCUGAACCUGCUGAUAAACAAUGCUGCCAUCUACACCCCAACAGCAUCGCUGGCUGUGGUGGAUGCUGAGGACAUGAUGAGGACCUAUGAGACCAAUACAGUGGGGCCAAUGCUGAUGGCCCAGGCAUUCCUGCCCCUGUUGAAGAAGGCUGCCCAGGAGAGCACAGAAAAGGGCCUGAGCUGCAGCAAGGCAGCCAUCAUCAACAUCUCCUCUGUCAUGGGGUCCAUUGAGAGAACUCCUGCCACUUUUCUCAAGCCUGUCAUCUCCUAUCGCUGCAGCAAGGCUGCCCUCAACAUGCUCACCAAGUGCCAGGCCCUCACCUAUGGGAAGGUCGGGAUCCUCUCCGUGGCCCUUCACCCAGGCUGGGUGAAAACUGACAUGGGCACCCAGGAGGCUGACCUGACAGUGGAAACAAGUGUGCAGGGUCUGCUCUCUGUCCUGCCAAUCCUCUCUGAGAAGCACAAUGGGACCCUGCUCAACUGGGAAGGCAAAGCUAUUCCUUGGUGACCACCCUGAGGCCCUGCGAGGGACCCUGCAGUGCCAGGUGAUGCUCCAGGUGCCCUCCCUGGUCUGCAAAGGGGUGAGGGGCAGCCUGGGAUCCCUGCCUUCAUCUUUCUAAUAAAGAAAGUUACUCAGUG